AGAGAAAUGAAGAACCAAUCAGUGAAGAUAGAGUUCAUUUUGCUUGGUCUGACAGAUGACCCUCAGCUACAAAUUCUGAUUUUCUUGUUUCUGUUUUUCAAUUACGUCUUAAGUGUGAUGGGAAACUUAGUGAUCAUCUUCCUCUCCCUGCUGGAUCCCCACCUCAAGACUCCAAUGUAUUUCUUCCUCCGGAAUUUUUCUUUUUUAGAAAUUGCAUUCACUACAGUGUGCAUUCCCAGGUUCCUGAUAAGCAUUCUCUCAGGAGACAGAAAAAUUUCCUACAAUGCUUGUGCAGCACAAUUAUUCUUCUUUUUCUUACUAGGAAGCACCGAGUUUUAUCUUCUUGCUGCCAUGUCUUAUGAUCGCUAUGCAGCCAUCUGCAGACCACUGCAUUACCCCAUCAUCAUGAACAACAAAGUGUGCCACCUAUUGGUCCUUAGCUCCUGGGUAAUUGGGUUCUUAGUUGUCUUCCCUGCUUUGAUCUUGGGACUCAAACUGGAUUUCUGUGCCUCAAAAACAAUAGACCACUUCCUGUGUGAUACUUCUCCUCUCCUGCAGCUCUCUUGCACAGAUACCCAUUUUAUUGAAUUAUUGGAUUUUGCUUUAGCUGUCAUGACACUUGUCAUCACCUUGAUCUUAGUGAUUCUCUCUUACACACUCAUUAUCAAAACCAUCCUAAAGUUCCCUUCAGCUCAACAGAGGAAAAAAGCCUUUUCUACCUGCUCCUCACACAUGGUUGUUGUCUCCAUUACUUAUGGGAGUUGUAUCUUUAUGUACAUGAAAACAUCAGCCAAGGAGAGGGUGACUUUAAAUAAAGGUGUAGCUGUGCUCAACACUUCUGUGGCCCCUUUGCUAAACCCUUUCAUUUACACCCUAAGGAACCAGCAGGUAAAGGAUGCAUUCAAACACGUAUUUCACAGAUUUUGUUUUCUACAAAACAGUGAGACAAGGUUUAGACAUAAAUAA